AUGGCAGAUAUCCAGAAUCAGCUUGAGAGCAUACCCGGAUGGGGUCUAAUCAUGGACGCUUUCAACGAUUAUGCAGAGGAACAUUUCAAUAACACAAAUCCAUAUGAAGACAAAGAGGGCAACUGGCGGCGCUUGGGAGAUGGCAGCACCCCUGAUGAAAAAAGGGCCUGGAAAGCGAUCCAGCGCCAGGCAUGGAUCCAUGACAAGUGCUUUCUCGGCCUGUGUGGCAUUGGGUUGGACUUUGGCUUAGGUUUGGUGCCCCUCGCUGUGUUUUUGCUACCAAUUGCUGGACCUUUGGUAAUGUAUGCUGUUCAUUGUCGGCUAUUAACUAUAGCCAGUGAACAUAUGUAUAUUCCACCCAAGAUGGAGGCGAAAAUCCACGGCAAUAUCCUCUUUGACUUGCUUAUUUCUCUUCCGCCUGUCAUCGGCGCGUUUCUCUCCUGGCUACACGGUUGCCUGACCAGAAAUGCGGGAAUGAUUUUUGUAUAUCUCGAGUUUUUGUCGAAGAAAAGAGCACUGGGUGAACUACCUACUUACAUAGGACGAGAGUCGGAGGGACACACCAAGGCCAACCAGCCUGUCAUCAUGAAGCCUUUGAAUUAUUCUGAGCCCAAGGAGAAGAAAUUUUUUGGCAAGAAAAAGCAAGAGCCCAUUCAAGUUGGACAACAACAGCUGGGGACGGUCCAAGUGUAG